AUGACCUCAACAGUUCAAAGGCAGGAAGGAGAGCUAAUGCUACUCACAAUGCCACAAUCGAUCACGAAGGCCUCCAAAGAAAAGCCAUCCCGCUCUCUGCAAGGCUGGGAGAUGUAUGUGCACCUUCACUACCAAGAUAAGGUCAAAGAUGCUGUCAAAUGCCAGCAAGACGCCCUCAAGAGUGACCCUAAUGCAAAGCCAGCGAAGAAGAUGAACCUGUCUAUCAUUAAAGAGCAGACAAAACUGGCAUUUGAAGGGGAGUCCAAGGAUGUUAAGGAAGAGAUUUGGGCUGCAAUAGAGGUGAUGAAGGAGAAGAAGCGUGUUGAAAUGGACGAGAUCAAAAAGAACAGCGCAUCCCUAGAUAACGCAGUCUACAUAUCCAAAAUCAGAGCAGUUCUUACCCAGUUUUUCAAGGAGCUCCAUCUGAUGACAGGUUGGACAUUCUUGGUUUUGAUGGAUGGUCCUGAUGCUGUGGCUGGUGGGACACUGGACAUCAGCAGUUUUCAUGUUGGCACGACAAAGCUGGGAAAAAGUCCCCAUCUGCAGCAUUUUGCAGAUGAGGCUCUUGAACUCCCUCCCUUGGAAGACAACAUGGAUAAUUUUAAUCUGCAACUCCCUAUCCUACCUAUGCCACCACAGUGGCAAAUUCCUGCUACCAACAAUGACCUGCUGCCUCCUGAGGCACCACCAUCUGUAUCUGGAGUCACGUCUCCGCGUCUUCACCGGUUCUUCACAUCACCCUCAAACAUAUAUGACUUCACUCAUGAUGAUGGCCUAGAUGCUGGUAGUAACUCCUCGCUGGCAUUGCUUCUUGCUGACACUGCCUCAGUAUCGCACACUGAUGCCCUACAGCACUCUGCCACAACAUCCAUUGCCCCUCAGUGUCAAUGA